GGGUUUCAUGCAAAAUGGCGGAUAUUUGGGGCAGUUUGCUCCCUCCUACGGCCGUGCAAUAGAGCGCCUCGGCUCUCCGAUGGUCUUUUUGGAGGACUACUUCGUGAACCCCGAUUACCCGAACGGCAUCGACCUCAACAUUGAGGUGCGCGGGCUCGUUAAGGCGCACACUCGCCCCCCGAUAGACUGCGUGCACGAAUACUACCCGCAAACCUGGAAGGCGGGCAUCG